AUCGCUUUCAAAGAGCCCUUUGAGAGAGAAGAAGAAGAAGAAGAAGAUGAUGAAUUAAGAGAGUACUGAAAAAGUUCGGCAACAGCAGCAGAGGAAAUUACUACAACUGUUCCUACUACGGAAGAAAAUAUUAAAUCUAGAAAGAGAAAGAUUUUAAGAGUCGUCAUCACAUAUAUCUUUGAGAGUAGCUAGCAGCUCAGACUCAAAAGACUCAGACUCAUCUCUUCCUCACAACCCCAAAUGUCAUUUUUUUUUCCAAGAAAAGCCUAGCUGACAGUAGUAGUAGCAACAGCAGAAGUAGAAACCACACAGAUGCAGAAACUGCUGCUACCCAAAGCAACAGGAUCUAUCAUCUCUCCCUUUUUGUUGUCAGUCAUCAGUAAUAUCAUUGCAGUUGUGGCUACCACAAGAAGGCAGCUGACAUCGGAUUCUGGAGCCUUUGCUGACUGGGCGGCAACCUCCUCCUCAACGGCAAUCCGCGCUGGUCCUGACGACCUUUCUCUCGGCUUUAAUGCUGGCCCUGGCUCUGCCGCCUCCGGACCCUCCUCCGCCCCCUGGCCGCCCACUGCCAGACCGAUCAACUACGGGCUCUCUCCUGAGAUGGGCAUGGUGGGUCUUCGAGACGUCUUCGUGGUGGCUCCGGCGUCGUCUUUUAAUCAUCACCAUCACCAUGGCCACCAGCACGACCACAUCAUGGCCAACGAUCAAAUCAGCGGUCCAAAUGCUGCAACUGCGCUGGGUGUCGGUGUAGGGGUGGGUGUCAUCCCCCUUCUUACCACGGCUCCGUGUCUCGCUCCACAAAAUAUGGAGGAUGCGGAUUUGUUGAAUAAUAGUCGUAGCAAACUGAGUGGGAUGCAGUUGUGGCAGAAUCCGAAUUCUUCUCAUUAUUUCAAAAAACCAGCUUCCGUACCUGACAACACCACUCCUCCCAUGAAUUUGGUACAGAGUGUUGGCAGCGCUAGUGGUGGCACUGGUGGGAUUGGAAGCGUCGGCUCGGGUUCCAGUUCGGGGACUACGUGUCAAGAUUGCGGGAACCAGGCCAAAAAGGACUGCAGCCAUAGAAGGUGUAGAACCUGCUGCAAGAGUCGGGGUUUCGACUGCCCUACUCACGUAAAGAGCACGUGGGUACCGGCAGCUAAGAGGAGGGAGCGGCAGCUAAUAACGCCCGCAGCGGGUGGGCCGGCUGCUGGUUCUUCCCUGUCGACUUCCGGUGCCAAGAAACCUAGACUCUCGCAGACCACAACAACAUCUCACACUUCCACAUCUAACACUACUCCACCUAGAAGCUUCGACACUAGCUCAAGUCAUCAGGAUGCAAGCUUUAAGGAGGGAUUACCGGAACAAAUUCGUGCACCGGCAGUAUUCAAGUGUGUCCGGGUGACAGCACUAGAAGAUGGUGAGGAUGAGUAUGCAUACCAAGCAGUUGUUAACAUUGGCGGUCAUGUGUUCAAAGGGAUCCUAUAUGACCAAAGUGUCGAAGCUAGAGAGGGGUUUCCUAAUCUAUCUGAAUUGCAUUUAGGUGGUGGUAGUAAUAGUGGUGGUAGUGGUGGCGGUGGUGGUGGUGGUGGUAAUGGGAGAAAUGGGGGCUCAGCUUCCUCCCCGGUUCUUGAUCCCUCCGAGGUUUACGCUGCCACUGGUGGUGGCUUAAUUGCCGGUUCCAGCUACGGGAACAACCAUUCAUUCAACCAAAUAUGACCAGAAGUGCUCACUGGAUUAGGGUUUCGAGGGUUUCUACAUGACUAGAAGGUGCAACUGUCAAAUACUUGUGAAAAGGCAGCUGCUUGUUUCUGUAUAUUGUUUCCUGAGAAGCCAUUUGACUUCUACUUCAUAAUACUGUCAAAGCAUAAGGAAAUGCAAUGAAUUGAAAAUCCUCUCAAUAAUAGAAUGAAUACCUU